AUGGCCGGCGUUCCGAACACUUAUGAUGCGCCCGUCCACAUCGCUGUCAUAGGCGGCACUGGCAUUUCUUCCCUGCCAGGCUUCACCCUCGCCGCGACUCUCGAUGUCGAUACGCCAUGGGGAAAGCCUUCGUCGCCUGUUUCCAUCCUCCAACACCCUUCGCCCUCCUCCGGCAAGCCUAUCCCAGUCGCGUUCAUCUCGCGACACGGUCUCCACCAUGAGCUCGCACCACACGAGGUGAAGAACCAAGCCAACAUCGCCGCGCUGCGACACCUCGGCGUGCGCACCAUCAUUGCCUUCUCCGCCGUCGGAUCGCUACAAGAAGAAGUACGACCGCGCGACUUCGUUAUCCCCGACCAGAUCAUCGACCGUACAAAGGGCAUCCGGCCAUUUACCUUCUUCGAGGGCGGCAUGGUCGGCCACGUUGGCUUUGGCGACCCCUUCGACAAGAAGCUGUCCAAGAUCGUCAGCCAGUGCGGACACGCGCUAGAGGGAGACGGCGUCACUCUACACGAUAAGGGAACGCUCAUCUGCAUGGAGGGACCGCAGUUCAGCACACGCGCAGAGUCAAACCUCUACCGUGCGUGGGGUGGCAGCGUCAUCAACAUGUCUGCUCUGCCCGAGGCCAAGCUUGCGCGAGAGGCUGAAAUUGGGUACCAGAUGAUUUGCAUGGCCACGGACUACGACUGCUGGAGGGGUGACGGCUCUGAGGAUGUCAACGUUGAGAUGGUCAUGGCACACAUGAAGGCAAAUGCUGAGAACGCCAGGCGAUUCGUCGGCGCGGUGCUCAACGAGCUCAGCAAGGAGGAGCAUGUGGAGCAGGUCCUCGCUAAGCACCUCGAUGGCCAGAUGAGGUUCGCAGGUGCCAUGACAAAGAAGGAAGGACGCGGGCAAGAAGCGGAGAAGAAGCUGCAAUGGCUCUUCCCUGGCUACUUCGACUGA